AUGGACAUCGGAGGAACAUUCAACUCUCCGGCUUUUGCCGUGCUGCCUCUAAAACGUAAUGAUAGCCCAAUUAAAAGAACACCCUUAGGAUCAUCUUUUUUAGCAGAUAAUUCCUCUGCCAUCGUCUACACCUGCCCAGCCGGAGAUUAUGCGUGUCAAGAUAGUGAAGGGGGAUGUUGUCCUUAUGGCUCGAAUUGCAUACCUAAUUACGAAUGCUCUGAUCCUUCAUACCCGUCUUCGUAUAAGAAUAGUGAAGGCAAUAGCUUAAGUAGCGAAGGAAGUCACUUCACUAAAUGGUUGAUACUCACCUCGGCCACAAUUAUUUAUUUCAUAUUUAGAAUUUAA